GUUCGUCAGUUAUAGAAGUUAGAGUCAUCCAAGCUUCCUCUCGUUAAUGUUGCAAUUGCAAUGAAUUGCUGGAAUAUUACGAAGAUGUGUUAACAGUUGAAUAAACAACAAUUAUCACAAAUUUAUAUAAUAUACACAAGAACGUAAUUUGGUUCUUCCUUCGUUGUAGAAUUAUGAUGGCUUCUAAAUAUAAGUCGAUUAUUUAUCUUAUCGUACUUUGCUGUUGUGGUAAUUCAGAAGAUCUCACAACGCAUCCUGGCCAUUUAAAACCCAUUGGCUCCCACGGAAUAAUAUUAGAUGUAGAAUCAAAGCCAUAUUUUCCAGAUCCUGCAAUAUUCUUCCAAAAUUAUGUGUACGCUAGUAAGCCUUUGGUUAUACGUGGAGGAGCUAAGAUUUCUCCAGCAUAUUCCCUAUGGACAGACGAAUAUUUUUUAAAUCUCGAAGAAGGCAACAAAGUGUUGGUUGUUGUCGAGCAAGCUAAGAAAGAAAACAGGACAUUAUCCCCAGAAGAAAUACCAUUCAAUGAUUUUGUAAAAAGAUAUUCAAAGGAGGAUAUCUAUCUUGUUAAUGAUGUGCCAGAUCAUCUCAGUAAAGAUGUGUUCCUACCUCCACCCUUGUGUUGCCCAGAACUUGUUGACAACUUUCUUUUGGCAAAGUUGAUGUGGUUCAGCAGUGGUGGAACAAAGUCAGUGUUGCAUUAUGAUUCUGCAGAAAAUAUAAACUGUUUGUUUGCUGGUACAAAGAAGUUAUAUUUCAUUGAUCCAAAUAAAUAUUCUGACAAGGUCACAAUUGAAAAUAAGAAAUCAGCAUAUUCAAAUGUGGAUGUUGAAAAAGUGGAUUUCAUCAAGUAUCCAGGACUAGCACAAGUGGAAUAUCACUAUGCUGAAAUGCAGCCUGGAGAUUGUUUAUAUAUUCCAUAUGGCUGGUACCAUCAUGUAUCAUCAGUUGGACGAAACCUAGCAGUAAAUAUUUGGUGGAGUGCCUCAGCCAAGCCUCAUUUGCCAAACUGUAAUUUGCCUAACACUACUUUGGAAAAGUGUACUUUCUUUGGUUUUGAGACAUUGUAUCCUCGAGAAGCAAUUGAUGCCCUAAAAGGUGCUUUGAAAAGUUUGUUUGAGUUACAUGAAAAUAAAGUUACCAUGAAUGAUUUUCGUAGUUAUUUACCAAAAUCAGACUUUUUUGAACCGGAUGCAAUAUGGUCGGAUGAAAUGAUGGAGAAAGUUGAUCAGAUAUAUAAUUACCUGGAUGGAUCUUCCGAUGAUGCUCAGCUAACUCCUGACGAUAUCACAUCAAUGAGUGAAGAAACUUCGGAAAAGAUAUUUAUUUUGGUGAAGGAGCUAUCUGCUUUAGUGGAUGACCAGUUUGAACAAGACAGUGAUGAAGAUGAUAAUUUUGAGCCUGAAGAAGAUCAGCAAGAACUAAAGGAUGAACUUUAGUGUACAAAUAUUAUACCAUGAUUAAAUUAGAUCUGGCCUAGUUUUCAUAUAACCAGCUUUAUAUUGAAAUGUUUUCAUUAUUUACUGGUAAAAUUUUUGUAAUGUAGCAGUGAUACCAGAGGGCAUGUUUCAGAUGGUCAGUAGGACUAUUACAGUAACAAAUACUGUAACAAAUAAAUAGAUGAAUACUAGAACAAGUCUGACAUUCAUUGGUUAUAAAAUAUCUU